AUGUAUAAUUUAGUAAACUCCAAUUUCAAUAGGACGUACAAUCCUAUAGGAAGUCGUAAUGCUCUGAGUGAUAUAAAAAGACUGCUAACUUCUAGGGAUACAAUAGGUCAAACAAGAGCAUGUGGAUAUGUAGCUGAAGUAAUAAAAAGACAUCAACAUAACUCUGAAGAAAGAACUCGUAUGAUAGAAUAUUUAUUGGACAACGACAUUGUGGUGUUUCUUUGUGAAGCGACGACGAAUUUAUCGCUUCCUUUGUUUAGGAUAGUAUUAGAAUGUAUCCGCCUACUAUGGAGCAACCGUCGGUUCUUUGAUGAGGAGCAUGCAGCCACCACCAUGGCGGCGGUGCUGAGGUCGCUGUCACAUUACUCCGCCACGGAUACAUCGAUGGCCGUAGAUGCGUGUCUGCAUCUGCUGUGCGAUCUGCUUAACGGCAUAAGAGUAUUCGAAUCUACACCAGCACUAUCCCAUCAAAGUCCAUACAAUGUGGAGCAACUGUUGGCAUGCAUGCAUGGCUUGGGAUCACGCAUAUGCGCGAACCAUAACGUCAUACUAAGCAGUGCCUUGGUCCUUCACUCCUUGAUUACUUACCAGCCAAGUAGUCUGGACCUCCGAAAUCCUGUAGUUGCCAAGGUGUUUGAGGUCAUUAACCAGUGGUUAGAGAUGCUUGUGGGUAGUUUGAAACAUAAGGUUCUAGUAGAGGAUGACGAGUUUGGGAUGUUCUUGGUCAUUCUCAGCCAGAUUGGAAUUGAUGUUCUAAGACUUAUAAAAGUAUUAGAGACGGUGAAACCGACGAAUUUCGUACAAAGUCUCCUGGCGGACGAGCAGGAGGUCGACACGCGGACGCAGUCUGUCGCACACAUGAGAGGCUGUGUUGGGAACCACAUUACCGAAAUUGUGGUAUUGGUGAAGGACAAUCAAGAGAAGAUUAAUAACGAUGAAUACAGCGUAUUCCUGAAGUUUCUGCUAGCGUUUUUAUGUGACAAUUCUGAGGCGCUGCCAGAUUUCUGUGACGCGCUACUCACUAACGGAUACCUGGCUAUUCUGCCUCAGUAUCAAAUACUACGGAACGACAAAACAGUACGUAAGAUAAGCACUUUAAUACUCGGGGAGCUGCUGAAAGUGCUGACAGAGAAAUACCUGAUCAGCCCUACCGACAACAAAACUUAUGCGACAGAUAUACAAAUGGGUCUAGUAGAGCUACAAAAUGGAGUAGAGAAGCCCGACAACAUUGGCCUGCAGCUACAGAAGAGGCAGCCGUACAGUCUACUCAUCUACAUCUACUUCUACUGCCAGUCUACUGAAAUGCCAGAAGAAUGCACGGAGAAUCUACUACCACAUCUAGUUGACCACGUGCUGAGUUUACCCAAAAAUCUGAAGCCCCCGGCCUAUAUCAUCAAAGCGCUGUGGCUUGUUUUCGCUAUGUCCACAAUAUCCACCAACACAUUACACUCUCUAAACGAAAGAGUUCGUCUGGAACAAGCGACCGACCGUAUAGUGGGGCUGGUGUAUGACGUUCCCUUGUUGUACACCCACCAUCCAUGCCUGUUGCUGUGGAGUUACUCCUCGCAGCGGAUACCAGCAACACUGCGAGUGCACGUGCUUUCCCAAUGGCUGGCGCGCGAAAACUGUCUCCCAGAAGACCUAUGCAAAGAGCCAUCCACCUGGAACCUUCUACUGAGCGUUCUCAUACACAACACGGACAAAACCACGUUGUCUAACUGUAUAGAGGCGUUGCAUUAUUGUUUGAGCCAGGAGGAGAAUUGUGCUGACUUCGCUAGUCAUACGUGGGCUUUGUUGCCCAAUGUAUUGUCUAGGGCGCUGAUAGAUCCUGAUAAUGUUAUUAAUCCAAACAUCUCGUACCUCCUGGACAUCGCAACAACCCACCUCCCUGCCUCCCUAGAGCAGGCGGACUGCUACAAAAUAGCUGUCCUUAUAACCACCCUAUACUCCAAAACCAACACCAGUUCCAUGGACGCAGAGUCCAGGGCGCGGUACGAGUACGCGUCGUUGAAGCUAUGUAUGAUGUUACUGGAGAUAUCACAGGAACAUAAUGAUGAUAAAGUCUUGCUAACUGUGGUGAACCGUAUCGGUUUCCUACCGACGGUCCUGGCCGCUACAGAGAGCGUCAGUGACGAUGUGGCGUGCAUCGCGCUGCAGCUACUGUCUUAUACUGUGGUAUACUUCACCAAGAAUAAGUACUCGUAUCAAGCCAAAUCAAUCUUGCAAUUACAAACCGAAAACAUUAUAAAGUCUCUCCGUAAAGAUAGCUCCAGCGAGAGAGGGACAGCACUAUUGCACCUCGUACACACAGUACUGGGCUCGGGCUAUACCCCUCUCGUUCUAACAUAUUAUAUACAAGUUGAUCCGCCUAUGGAGCACCAGGUUAAUGCUUUGCAGGCUUUGCUGUUUAGAGUGCAGCUGAUAUUGUGUUGCCAGAACACAGACAACCAAUCACCAACUGGGUGGAAAGCGCUCAAUUCAAUUUUCAAACACGCCCUAAUGUACAGAAACGAUCCAAAGCUGGUCGCAAUACUAUCCACGCAACCCUGGACUUUUACACUUUUAAGGUUCCAACUAACACAACCACCUACUAAGGAGUUCCUUACAUUUACAUUAAACUGGUUGACACUUCUCAAAAUAACAUUAUCCAAGUGUAAAAGUGCAAGAAGUGUUUAUAUCUCAAAGUACAGUCUAACGCGAAGAACUCUGGUUAUGAUAAGAAAAGUUUUGAAGGCCGAAAACGAUGAAGAUUGUACUAAAGUGGUUAUGAUUUGUAACGAAAUGUUGAAUUGUAACACAGUUGAUGAAUAA